CGUUCGUCGUUCUAUCUUCUGAUGGAUCGACCUUUUUUACGAAAGAAAUACAAAAAUUGAUGAAUUUAAUCACAAUAAGUGUUUUAAAUAUGGCAUAAAUAAUUUAGCCUCAUUCUGCAAAUCCAAAUCCAUUAAAAAAUGCUGCGUGUGCCGCGAUAAUUUUGUCUUUUGCCAUGAAUCGGAUCUCACUAUCCUGACAAUAAACCAAAUAGUGAAAACAAAGCCAUUAAUUUUGUUGAUUACGUUUGAAAGCGCCUCAAAAUGUUUUCAAAGUCACAAACUAGUAAGGAUACUUUCUUAGAGCAGACAAAGGCGGCUCGGGAAGAGCGAGCAUUGGAGAAAAAGCGUGAAUUAUCGGCGGUCAAGAUUCAAGCCCUUGUCAGAGGCUGGCUCGCGCAUCAGAAAUUCAUCAAACUGAUACUCAAUGAAUUUGAUCAGCUUCUACCAGACCCUGGGAACCACUCUGCCCAAGAAGAGUCAAAUGUUUCAAAUGAUCUCGUACCUGCACUAGAUUUGUACAAAGCAACAUGUCAUCUCUUCCUCAUAUUUAAGCAACAGCGCGACAAGAAACGAUUUGAGAAAUUAUGCAAGUACAUAGUGCAUAGCCUCUAUUCGGAAUCUGUCAAGUUUUCCUAUGUUGGUGUGUUCCUGAAUAAAGAAUACAGUAUCCGUUGGAUUACCCACAUCAAGGAGUUGUUAUAUAAAUGUUGCCUGUACCUCGAGGAAUUGAAGCCCGAGUCUCCGGUAGACAUGCAGAGCAUCCUCAUCCACCUCCACACUCUAAUCGCCUUCACGGCAACAAAUACUUGGGCGCUCACCAAACUGAAAAACUUUGAGAAACUCCGUGGAGGCAUGAACCAGCUCUGUGCUAAUGUUAUGGGAUCGCUGUUCCAUAAAGGAUACUAUUUAACAUUGAAGUCAUUGCUGCUUCGCGGAUUAUGCCGCGAGAAGGUGUGCCUCAAGACAGUGGCUCUGACCGCCAUCAUCACAUUAUCUCUCAGGCCGCUAGUGUCUGCCCAGUUUUCAGAGAAACUGCUCACCAUGUACAUAAUACAGAUACUGUCGGUCCCCACUUUGGUGUACCAUAUGCAUCAAAUUUCUCCAGAGAGCAUCGUCGCGUUCCGUACGCACGGUAUGUUCGACAAAUGCGUGGAGUUCCUCGGCACAGAUCAAAACAUGCGCAUCGUGUUCAACACUUUGGAAGGCAACUACGCUCUGUGCCUGCUAGCGAACUUGAUACAACUAGCACAUUCUGAGAGGGAGCAUGCUGCGCCACAGUCGUACUAUCCAACGUUUGUGUUGGUAGUGACGCGAUUCCUUGACUCGUGUCAGCAGUACGUGGUCUGCAAGAAGGGCAACCUGAGCAACUGGCACCCGAUCCUGGGCUGGUUCUCGCAGAGUUUCGACGUGUACCUUCCACCGGCGAUGGGGAAUCUACGACAGCAAUUGAAUCUUCUGUGGGGUGCUACGCUGUUAAAGAAGAUGCUGGCAAGGCCUCUGAAGGAGAUGCUCGAGGCGGGCGUGAGCGGGGAGGAAGGCGCGGGCCCGUCGCAGCCCUCCACGCCCGUGCAGGCCAACAACCCCGCGGCCAUCAUACGGAGGGCCAUAGAGGCUAGAACUAACAGAGCUAACUCAAAUAAAAACUACAGGAAAUUAGGAUCUCCAGAUUGCACGAAAGCGGCUUUAAUAUGUUCGAUGUACCACACGGCGUUACAGACUAUGAAGCAAAUUAAUUUAGAUAUAUUAACGGGACUGUGCAAUCAAGAUGAAAUACUGUAUUACCUGUGGCAAUUCCUGUGCACUUUGGGACCGAAUUGCGGACUGAAAUCGUUCCUAGAUCUCUUAGCUGUUAACACUAAGACAUCGGCGCCGGAGUUCCAAAUGCUCAUACUGUUCGCUGAUUGUAUGACGCAUUAUGUUACCAUCUUAGACGACAUGGAGAUGUAUGAACAACAAGAGCCAUUCAAACUACAAGAUUUUAUCAACAUGUCUCAAUUCCUAAACAUGUUCGUUUACAAGUCCAUUAUGGGACAACUUUUUGAUCUCAAAAGCAUCCAAAGCAACGAGUUGUUCAACUCGCUUCACACCCUCCUAUUAGUUUUAUACCGUCGCGACUGCCGACGAAGUUACACGCCGCCUAACCACUGGCUGGUGAGAGAUAUCAGAGAUUCCCAGUUCAUGGCCGAGCUGGACAAGGGGAAGAAGCCUCAGCAGGUGUUAGUACAGAAGACGCCUCACAUGAUCGCUCACGGAGAACGAGUGAGGUUGUUUAGACGAGCUGUUGCGGACGAAAAGGUGGUGCUGGGGCUGACGGAGCGCGCGUGCGCCGGGCGCUCCACGCUGGUGACGGUGCGGCGCGGGCGCCUGGUGGAGGACGGCUACCGGCAGCUGGCCGCGCUGCCCAGCCGCGCGCUCAAGGGCUGCGUGCGCGUGCGCUUCAUCAACGAGCAGGGGCUGGACGAGGCGGGCAUCGACCAGGACGGGGUGUUCAAAGAAUUCCUAGAGGAGACAAUCAAGCGUGUUUUCGACCCGUCCCUGAACCUGUUCCGAGUGACGAGCGAAGAAAGACUGUACCCGUCGCCGACCUCGUGUCUGCAGGAGAACCACUUGCAGCUGUUCGAGUUCAUUGGCAGAAUGCUAGGGAAGGCUGUCUACGAGGGUAUCGUGGUGGACGUGCCUUUCGCCUCAUUUUUCCUCACACAAGUGUUGGGGCAGACCCAACAAGCCUUGUAUAGCUGGAUCGAUGAGCUGCCUUCGUUGGACCGAGACUUGUACAGAAGUCUCACCUAUAUAAAACACUUUCAGGGCGAUAUAUCCUCGCUGGAACUGACGUUUUCAGUGGACGAAGAGAGGCUCGGUGAAAUUGUGACACACGAGCUUAUACCUGGCGGGAAAGCUAUUCCGGUCGUCAACGAAAACAAAAUAAACUACAUACAUUUGAUGGCACAUUUCCGAAUGCACACGCAGAUCAAGGACCAAACGAACGCUUUCAUCAAAGGCUUUAGAACUAUUAUUAAUCCGGAAUGGCUGUCAUUGUUCUCAACUCCGGAGCUCCAAAGACUUAUAAGUGGGGACAAUGUGCCAUUGGACUUGAGGGAUUUGAGAAGACACACGCAGUACUACGGCGGUUUCCACGACUCGCACCGCGUCGUGUGCUGGCUGUGGGACGUGUUGCAGAGGGACUUCAGCGAGCAUGAGAGAGCCAUGUUUCUCAAGUUCGUGACGUCAUGCUCGAAGCCGCCCGUGCUGGGCUUCGCUCACCUGAAGCCGCCGUUCUCGAUACGAUGCGUGGAGGUCGGCGAUGAUGAGGACACUGGAGACACGAUAGGCAGCGUCAUACGAGGCUUCUUCACCAUUCGCAAAAAGGACCCCCUUAACAGACUGCCCACUUCGUCGACUUGUUUCAACCUCCUGAAACUUCCCAACUAUCAGAAACGAAGUACACUAAGGGACAAACUACGUUACGCUGUCAACAGCAACACUGGAUUUGAACUGUCGUAAGAUGGUCACAAGAAAGGCCAUGGUUUAUGGUACUUUUGUGUGGAUAUUAAAAGUCUCCUACUGAGCGAACAGUUUACAUACAAACUUACUUUAGCUUUCAUUCAGGAUUUUGAUGUAGUGUCGCCAAAGUAAGAAAUCACUUUUCUAGUCUUUGAUUGAUUUUUAUUUCUAUAAUGAAAAUAAACUUUCUUAAUAAAUGUUAUGUUUAGCGCCAGCUCGUUUUUAUGAAAACUUGAGCGUAAAGGGGAGACUUAAUUGUUUUUAUUCAUCAGUAGAAAUACCGAAUUAAUUAUAGUUGUAGUUGAGUCUUGUUAACAAAUAGAAAAUACCAAAUUUAAGUCGCAACACGGCAGUAAAAGUGUUGCCAUUGUUAACAUUAAAAUUUAAAACAUUAUAAUAUUAUUAUAUUGAUAAUUUUGAAGGUAAAUAAAUAUUCUUUUUCAGUUUAUUUAUUUUAUAUGUGGUGGGAGAGCAGGUAUAUUUUUAGUAUGAUAUAUACAAUUUUAAACAGUUAUCCUAUAUUUAUAUUAAUCCAUUUACGUUUUAAUGCCCACACUUGCGACAUCUUGUUCCCACGAAUGACUUUGGUGCCGAUAAAAAAUUUUAUGAAGAUUUUGUAAUAUAUUUAUGUAACAAGGAAUGUACCUUUGUAGAAUAGCGUAAAUCCAUCGGUUGAAAUUUAUAUCACAUAUUUAUUUUGCAAUUUUUAUCUUCACUGUCUUAAUGAAUUGAUGUGUAUUUUCACCAUUUCACCAAGUGUUUAAUUAUUUCAAGCACAUUAUGGUCUAGGAAUGUUUUCAUUCUGCCAGUGUCGCUUUUAUUUGUUAUGGAUGUUGGAUUUCGGUGAUUUAUGGCACGAAAAGCGAAACUUAGUUAUGUGAAAACUACUAACUUCUAAAAGCUUCUAAUAAAUUCAGAAAUAUUUUUAUAAAUAAACAUUUGAUUCCUUUUUUUAGUUUUUGGAUGAUUAGGCUUACAAAAUAUUAACAUAAAAAUAAGCCUAAAAUUGAAACGAAUUAUGGAAUAUUGUCCACAAAGAAAUAUUUUGUGAUCUAGAAAUCAGAUCUCAUUGGAUACGUUAUAAUCCAUUAUAAACAUAUUUAGGACCCAUAAAGAUUUCAUUUUAGAAUUUGGGUGAAAUCCCAUUGCAAGGUUACAAAGGUCAAAUCUUUACUUCAUGUAAAAAUCCGACUGCCCACUCCGGGAUCGGGUUACAAACGGACCCCGGGCUCCUCUCCUGAAAUUACACUACCAGGACAAAUGCUAGAUUACAUGAUAACCUUACGAAUAACACGUCAACAACUUUUGGUGUUCAGGGCAUAUUAAGUACUAUGCUUUAAUGUAUGUAUUUUCUUAGAUGAGGUUAUAGGGUUGGUCGACACUUCUCAUAUACAGUUCGAAGUUAAAAGUGUAGCCCAACCUUAUCCAAAACGAAUUCUAAAUAAUCAAAUCCAGUCCAACUUAUAAAUAGGUGUACAUAGACAAUAAAACAUUAGUUUAUUGUAUGAAUAAAUUCAUUUAUUUAUUUAAUCCUUUAUGUACAGUAUAGACCUUUCCCUGUUAUUUUCUUAGAUGAUACUUCUUAAUAAAUUUUGUAAAAUAUAUUGGAAUAAUGAAUGUCUGGUUUCACCUUCUUGUAGUGAGUGUGAUAUACAAAACUGUAUUUGUAUAUAUAUCUCACAAUAAUCAUUUAUAACAUAGUGUUCGAUGUAAUAUUAUAUGUUCAUUUAAUCACAGAUACAUAUAUACAUAACAGUUUUAUAACUUAAUGUUAGAAGGGAUGUUUUAUUUAUAUUUAAUGUUCUUCAUCUAUAUGUACAUAAAAUUAUUUGUAUAUUUUUUCUUGCUAUGUUUAGUUUCUUGCUGCAGUGUAUUUUAUCCAUCUCUCAAAACCAUUUCCAGAAGUAAUGCGAUAUAGUGGGAUUUCAAAAUGAUUUUUCUAAAGACGUAUCACUUAAUUUUUUUUAUGCAGCUAAUUUUGAAAGCAUGAAAGCAUAGGUGGCAACACUACCAACUUUUUAGGCUAUUGCAAGCAAUACUGGCCUUUCCUAAGUACAUUGUUAUCCUACUCUGUGGCGCAAAACCGUCAUUUUCUAGAGCGAAAAGGAGCAGUUUUCGAACCGUACGCGUCGGAAUCACACAUGCCAUUUCCUGAUGCCAUACUCUUUUAAUUUGGUAAUUCUCACUCACAUAACAGAAUGUUGGAUUUUGUUGUUUUAUUCUAUUAAAAAUAUUUUAUGAAAUAUAAUACUAUAUGGUUUGUUAUGAUGCUAUCUUGCUAUAUAUAUAUCGUGCAAUUUCUUUAAUUGGUAUCGUAACCGAAGUGUAUGUGUAUGUCGCUAUUCUCAAUUUUUUAUUCAUUUAUCGAAUGUCCGAUCUGAACCGAUAAGUGAAUCUCACACAUAGCACCUUCGGUUUAAUUUUGUAGUUAUAUUUCAGUUUUUAUCAAAUAUCUUUAGUAAUAAUGAUGUGUAUACAUAUAAACAUGGAUCAUUGUAUUGAAUAUUUUGUACUAGCCACGUAAAUAUGUUGUAUAACACAAUGUGAUUCUCUGUGAUAAAAUAAUUGAUAUUUAUUAA